AUGGAUCUCACAAUUACUGGUCUUCAGAAAUUAGUUGAAGUUGCUAAGCAUCUCGUCGCCAAUAAGGAAAAAAUCUUCAAUUCACUCAAAUUAGAGAUUGCCAAAAAUUAUCAUGAUAUGAAACUAGAUCUAGAAACUUUGGUAUUGAGUAAUAUUGACCAAGAUGCUGCUGUUGGAUUCAUUUCCAUAGCUGGGUAUGACCACACUUGGAAUGAAUUGAUGUUAUUGAUUAUACAAAAUCGCACUGAUUUCACGCUUGAUGAAUUUAACAACUUAUGGAAAUUGAUUUUAUUCAUUGAAUUCCAAUCAGACGUUGUCGGUGAUUCAACUUCAAUUUUGGGAACCAAUGAUUCCAGAAGCACUGCAGACAAUUCAUCAAAACCUGUAUCAAAUGAAAAAGGUGUCAAAUUGAUAAUAAAUACUGGAAAGCACUCCCAUGAUAUCUUAAAGUAUGUUGAAACUGGAUGGGAAUUGGUCCUAUCAAAACUAGAGCAAACAUUUAAUUUGAACAACUCUAAUAAGUCCUUAUCUGCUAAAGUUAUCACAACAAUACUUGUUAAUAUGACAAAGCAUAAUUACUUUUCUCACUAUCUAAAGGCUGAUAAUGAGAUAUUGAUUCAAAAUAACAUUUUUCAUAAGAAAAUAACGCCAUCUGUGAUUUUGCUAGAUUAUUGUUACAAUCACAAUCAGCUACAGAAAGAUUAUUCAAUAGGUUGUAAUAUUGAUUAUUCAUUUAAUUACCAAAAUGUGGUUGGUAUUGAUGAUGAUUUACAUCCAUGUCUAACAAUGUUUUGUGCUGAUCUAAAUUCACAAGAUAUGGAACAACAAGUUAUAUCAAAUAUCGAGAUCAACUCUCCAAAUCUUAAAGCUGGAUUUUUGAAUCAGGUAAAGGAAGAAAGUGCUUUGAAUCUUCAAGAAAAGUUUGAAUCAAAGAAAAAUACUUAUCUAAUUAAUCAAAUUAUAGGUAGAAUGAUUGAGACAAAAUCAAAUAUAGAUAUAUUAACUGAUUCGCACUCCAUUAUUAUUAUUUCCAUUCCAAAACAUCUCAACAUUGAAUCAUUAAAUAAUGCUGGAACUUAUGAUGAGGGUGGACAGUAUCAUUCAUUUGAUAUUGAAGGCUUUAUUUUAACAAACGAUCAUGAAAUUUUGGAUCUCAAUGGUGACUUAACUUCGAUGAACAAUUUUGGUUUGAAUCUUAAGGCGAUAAUGUGCUCGUUGAUAUCAAAUUACAUGCAAUAUAUUCAGAUGACUUCAAAUCCAAAAAGGAAAUCAAAAAAUUCAGAUAAAAAGUUACAGUUGGACAAUGAAACAAAUUGUUUUUCAGUUGAUGAAAUUGUUGAUGAGAUUCAUAAGAGAAAAGAAAAUUUGAGUCAACUUGGAAACAUUACUCAUGAUUGA